AAGUGUGUCAUAACAAGUCACUGUAAGAGUCAAACACACAGAAAUCUGUCAGAAAAAUAAAUGGGUUAUGGAGAGGAAGAUGUGGAGAUUAUCCACCAAGAGAUCGAGCAGCCAUUAAUUGAGGCUAAGGGAACCACCUCUCAUGGCGGAAAUAAGGGCAGAGGUCAUCCAUGGAUGGUUUACCUUAGCACCUUUGUUGUUGUCUGUGGUUCCUAUGAAUUUGGAGCUUGUGCAGGCUAUUCAUCUCCUACUCAGUCUGCAAUUACUGCAGAACUUGGUCUCUCUACUGCUCAGUUUUCACUUUUCGGUUCUAUACUUACUUUUGGUGCAAUGAUUGGAGCUAUCACUAGUGGACCUAUUGCAGAUUUUAUUGGGAGGAAAUGGGCAAUGAGAGUGUAUUCUGCUUUCUGUGUGGGCGGGUGGUUUUCCAUAUAUUUUGCCAAGGGUUCUUUAGCAUUGGAUAUAGGAAGACUAGCAGGAGGAUAUGGAAUGGGUGCCUUCUCCUAUGUGGUACCUGUUUACAUUGCGGAAAUAGCACCUGUAAAUCUCCGAGGAGCACUUACAACAUUAAAUCAGGUCAUGAUCUGUACUGGCGUCUCAGUGGCUUUUAUAAUAGGGAUUGUAUUAUCAUGGAGGACUUUAGCAUUAACUGGACUUAUCCCGUGUGCUGUUCUACUUUUGGGUUUAUUUUUCAUUCCAGAAUCUCCAAGAUGGCUGGCGAAAAUAGGAUCUCAAAAGGAGUUUGAAGCUGCACUUCAGAAACUUCGUGGCAAGGACGCAGAUAUAACUCAUGAGGCUGCUGAGAUUCAAGAUUACAUAGAAGAACUCGAAAAGCUGCCCAAAGCUAAUAUGUUUGACUUGUUUCAAAAGAGGUAUCUACGUUCUGUCACGAUAGGAGUUGGAUUGAUGGUUUGCCAACAGUUUGGGGGAAUUAAUGGUAUCUGCUUCUAUGUCAGCAAUAUUUUUGAGACGGCUGGAUUUUCUCCAAGCAUUGGUACUAUAAUAUAUGCUUUGCUUCAGGUUGUGAUUACACUUAUUGGAGCAACUUUAAUUGACAGAGUAGGAAGAAAGCCAAUGCUCUUGGUUUCUGCGGCUGGAUUAGUUGUAGGUUGUUUAUUGACUGCUAUUGCGUUCUACCUCAAGGCUCAUGAGCUAUCAGAGAAGGCAGCGGCAAUUCUUGCAGUCACAGGCAUACUGGUAUACAUAUCGGCGUUUUCAGCAGGAAUGGGAGCAGUUCCGUGGGUUGUAAUGUCAGAGAUUUUCCCUAUAAAUGUAAAAGGGGUGGCCGGAAGCCUGGCAACACUGGUUAACUGGUUCGGUGCAUGGUCCAUUUCUUACACAUUCAAUUUUCUGAUGGAAUGGAGUUCCUGGGGUACCUUCAUUCUGUAUGCGGCAAUCAAUGCAGCAGCGAUUGUUUUCAUUGUUAUGGUUGUACCCGAAACAAAAGGAAGAACUCUAGAACAGAUCCAAGCAGAUAUUAAUGCUUAGUCGCAUAGUCUACAGAGGAAAGAAACAGUAGAACCACACAUCAUUUUCCAGUGAAUCAGACGCACAAGUAAAAUUUAUUUCAAGAGAAUCAACAAACGCAUUAUAAAUUUUUCGAAAAAAAUAUUUCAUUUAUUAUCAAUUUUAUGUUCUUUGUUCAAAUUCUUCAAUUCAUUUGGUGAUGCAGACCAGUGCUGGUCAAGGAGUUUCUUUA